UGGAGGCUUAUCUGCUUUCAGAUUCCAUUUUCCUUUUCGUGACGAAAACUGACUGCAAACAGCAGCUGAGCGAAAGGGGGCCGGACUUCUGUAGUAAUGCAGCCUUCUUGUCUCAGAGAAACGAAACUGAAAAUCCAACGCCAAUACUUCUUCCUGGUAUAAAAGCUGACUGCCUGUGAGAGUCCUUACCACUGAGCGUGUAAGCAAGGGACGCUGCCCUUCACCGACCUACCUGCACAGGGCGACUUUCCUAGCAAGAAAAUCCUUUCCUAGCAAGAAGAUUCAGAAAGAAUUCACAACUGAGUACCAAAUUAUCAUCUCAUUUAUUAGCCGGUAGCAAUGGCUGAGGGAGAGAGCGAUGACGUUAUACACCUCAAUAUGAUUAAAGUAUUCAAGAAAAGACUUAUCGAUAACAUCCAGAUGAACACUUUGUUGGACCACAUGACCAGCCUCGAUAAAGAGUUUAAACAAAUCUUGAGAAGUACAGCGCAAGCGUCUGACGUUCGUGCUGCCGAAAAGCUGAUCGAUCGUCUGCUAGAAGGUCCCCGUGAGCCUGGCUGGUUUCAAGAGUUUGUCAACGCACUGGCACAGUCAGAAAACUUUGGCGCUGGCAUGUACGUGAGCAAUGAAAAUCUCCCAAGCCCAGAGAAAGAAGCCAAACAAGACAAUUGUGAGAAGCUCAUUAACUAUCUUUACCCGACGCUAGUGAAAAAAUUGAAACCUGGUGAGAUCUCCAUUCUAUGCUUGAUGAACAAUCUGUGCAGCGCUGAAGACCUUCAAAUUAUUAAUCGACGUGUUGAUAAUGUUUCGCAGGAAGAAGGAAGCAGAGAGCUUUUGAGUAGGAUAACAAAAAAGAAAGAUUGGUUUCCUACUUUUGUGACUGUGCUACAUAAAAUGGGUAAUCAGGAGCUGAUAGAAUUAUUGACUGGAUCCACAUACCAAGAAUUCAUAGAUGGUUACGAUGGAGGAAGUGAGUCAAAUAAUGAUACUAAAAAAUGUAAGAUGAGUCGCCAGGAUGGUGAAGGUGUUUCUGAUGGAAAUCCAAAUACUGAAAUUCAUGAUGUGACAAAUGACAGCAUGCAGCUUGAGCUGGCAUACUCAGAGGGCGUCACUCAGGAGUCAGCUGACUGCAAUGAGGGAUGUGAACCUCAGGGUGGUGCUAAAGAGUCCAAAAUGGAUCUCCAGGAGGACAAAGUGACUUCUGAUAUAACAGAUAAGGAGGCUGAAAACCACAAUGUGACGGCUGACAACAGUCUACUGGAGUCUUCAUUUACAGAGAACUCUGCUACAUCAGAUCUGGAUGUGAGUUUGCCUGAAAGUUUAAAUAAAUCAUCUGAUAACGGGGAGAUGAGCCAUGAGUCAGAUGAUGAGAGCACAGACGGAGCUUCUCCUAUUCCAGUAAUGACCCUUCGAGAAUACCAGCUGGAAGUGGCCAGACCAGCUUUGGAAGGCGAGAAUGUUAUUAUAUGUUUGCCCACAGGAAGUGGGAAAACUAGAGUGGCCGUGUACAUCACCAGGGACCAUCUGGACAAGAGACAGGCAAAAGGCUUGCCAGCAAAAGCUAUCGUUUUAGUCAACAAGGUUCCAUUGGUUGAGCAGCAUUUCAGAAAUGAGUUUCAACCCUACCUAAAAGAUUCCUAUAAAGUCACCAAAAUUAGUGGAGAUUCCCAGCUAAAGAUUUCCUUUCCUAAAGUGGUAAAAGAGAAUGCUGUCAUUAUAUGCACAGCUCAGAUACUGGAAAACUCAUUGAUCCAGGCAGAUGAAAAUAAAGAAGAAGGGGUCAGUCUGUCAGAUUUCUCCCUGCUUAUCAUUGAUGAAUGCCACCACACUAACAAGGAUGCUGUCUACAACAACAUCAUGCUACGCUAUAUAAAACAAAAAAAAAGGAAUCGGAAAGUUCGCAAGACUGAAGGCUCCGCAGAAAUGGUUCCUCUUCCUCAGGUUUUAGGACUGACAGCUUCACCAGGAGUUGGGGGAGCUAAAGACAUUAAAAGAGCUGAAGAGCAUAUUUUAAGGAUAUGCGCUAAUCUUGAUUCCAGAAUCAUGACUGUUAUAGAAACAAAAGAGCAGCUCGAGGGACAAGUGAAACAUCCACUUAAACAAGUUAAUAUUGCCGAAGAUAAAAAGAAGAAUCCUUUUGGAGAUAAACUCAAAGAGAUGAUGGGGAAGAUUGAAAGUUUUGGAGAUUUAGCUUCAACAUCUGAACAUGGAUCGCAGUCCUAUGAACAAUGGGUAAUUCAGAAAGAGAAAUUAGCUGUCAAAGAAGGCAAUCGCAUCCAACAUGUGUGUGCCGAGCAUUUGAAGAAGUAUAACGAUGCUCUGCAGAUCAGUGACACCAUCCGCAUGAAUGACGCACUAAGUCAUCUGGAGAAGUUCUACGAUGAAGAAAAGAAAAAGAUCUUGCGCGUGCAGGAGAAUGAUGAAGGAAUUUCUCCAGAGAUUGACGAGACCGAUAAAUAUCUCCUUGAAUUAUUUUCCAGUGAAAAGGAACAACUAAACAGUCUAGCUCAAAAUGAAGAUUAUGAAAAUGAGAAACUUGUUAAGCUCAGAAGAGCAAUAAUGGAGGAAUUCACCCACAAUGACAAAGCCAGAGGGAUCGUCUUCACAAAGACACGUCAAAGCGCUGUCGCCCUGUGUCAAUGGAUUAGCGACAAUGAGAAAUUCAAGGAAGAGGGCAUCCGUGCACAUUUCCUGAUUGGGGCGGGGAGCAACAGUGAUUUCACAUCAAUGACGCAGAAUGAACAAAAGACAGUGAUCCAUAAUUUUAGUACUGGAAAAAUUAACCUACUUAUCGCAACUAGUGUGGCUGAAGAAGGUCUCGAUAUCACAGAGUGCAACAUCGUUAUCAUGUAUGGUCGGAUAACCAAUGAAAUUAAUAUGAUGCAGGCUCGUGGACGAGCCAGAGCAGAGUCCAGUAAGUUUGUACUGGUUGCUUCCAGUUCAUCAGGAGCUGCUGAAAAUGACAGCGUCAAUGAAUACAGGGAAACCAUGAUGUACAAAGCCAUCCAAAAUGUACAGCAGAUGUCCCCUGAAGUGUUUGCAGAAAAGAUUCUGGAACUCCAGUAUCAAAAUAUUGUUGAGAAGAGAGUGAAGAAAGUUAAAAACAUGCGUAAGGGUUGUCAGCAGAACCCCAACAUGGUGACCUUCCUGUGCAGAAAAUGCCAGAAGCCCGUCUUUUCUGGCAGUGAUAUUCAUGUGAUAGAAAACAUGCACCAUGUCAUUCCUGACUCAAAAUUUAAGAAGCUGUUCAAAAAAGGGGAAAAUAAAACGCUUCAAGAAAAAUUAGCUGAUUACCAAACAAAUGGUGAAAUAAUCUGCAAAGACUGUGGACGGACGUGGGGAACCAUGAUGGUGCAUAAAGGAUUGGAUCUACCUUGUGUUAAAAUACGCAAUUUUGUCAUUAAGUACAAGAAUGAGAAAGUGAUCAAGGAUACUUUGGAAAAUUGGAGCGAGCUGCCCAUUAAGUUUCCGGCAUUUAAAUACGUGGAGCCCGAUGAUAGCGAUGAGGAUUAAUAAGUGCAGUACAUACACAGAUAUUGGACUUGCUUUGUUUACUGCUCAGCCUUGCUCAUUUGGGGGGGUGGUCAACCUGUUUAAUCAGAUCCUGUUUAGGGGGGGCUGUCUUUUCGACAGCUCUGACCAGGGGAAGGGGUAAUUGCAGGGCCAUGCUUGCCAUACCCCUAGUGCCAGGGGUAAAAAGGGUUGGGGAUGAAGUUUAAACCAAAGAACAAUAUUUAAAGUAUGUUUUUCAUUUCAUCAUCUUUUAGACUGUUGGGAGUAACAUUGGGAAUAAGGGAGCGAGUUAGCACAGAGGCUGCUGAGAGGAGUCUAAAGACUCUCUGCUGCUUAUGUAAUAGGCAAACAACACUUGCUUUUGAUAGGUAGGCUAUAAAGUCCAUGACAGCUCUUCAGAUAAAGCAGACAGUAUGCUGCCUCCAAUAACUCAUACUGGAGUUUACAUUUGUAAUUAUAAUAUAUGGCUGGUGACACAAGGAAUAGGGCCUGCAUAGUAGUAUAGGGCCUGCAUGGUAGUAUAGAACCUGCAUGGUAGUAUAG